AUGCAUAAAUAUCUCUUGGCGCCAAAUUUGCAAGUUGAAUCGUCGUGGAGCGAGUCGGAAGAGGAUAUUUUUGCACUUUUAUGGAUUGAGUUUGGGACUGCUGAACUGGAAAGUUCUUACGUUUUGAGCGGGACUUGGCCAAGCAUCUCGGAAACCUAUUUUCCUUCUUUGGCCAUGCGACACGUUAACGGAAAGCCACUCAGUGGAAAACAUGAAAUUAAAGAAAUAACGCCCUCUCACAAAUUUGUUAAAAUAUUGAUGAAUGUUUUCUUUUCUUUUCCUUCGCUUACUAGAUACAGCUUCCUGUGUCAGAGUGUGCUCUUAAUCGACGGAGACAUUCUGCAAUAUUUAAUGAUCACCAUGUCUGGUGUUCGAGUUCUUCGUCAAAUUCAAAAUCUUAGUAAGAGUAUUUUGGAAAAGAAAUCGGAAAAGAGUGGUAGGCUAGAAAAAGAAACUCUACAUGAAACCAAGGAGGGUUUGGGUGUCAAGUCUAAAAAAAUUGAGGAUGAGAAGCCGAGUAAGGCAGAUAUUGGUGUUGGGACAGAACUGACUGAGGAAAUAUUUGAUGCUAUUCUCAGUGAAUAUUGGGUGGAAGAAGCACAGAUCCUACAUUCAGAGCUGCAACGAAAGUUAGAUCUCCUUCUGGAAGAAAUUGAAGAUGAAGAGAAAGAUAUUAACGAUCUUAUAGAGUAUGCCCACAGAAGGUGGAAAAAAGAUAAAACUCAGAAACAGGCGAAUAAGGGAUCGCAGACAGUAAUUACGUACGGCAUUGAAGUAGAAGACGCACCAGAGUCCUUCCGACAAGCUCUAGUCAGUGAGCAUGAUCUCUGGAUGGAGAAAAGUUUUCGAGAAGAGGUUAAAGUUGCUAUGCUCGUUACGGAAUUAAGUUAUUUAGAAGAGGAAAUUAAGCAGUAUGAAAAGGAGAUCCUUUCGUUGAGAAAGUGCAAACAAGGUGCUAUGACUUCUCCAAGCGAUUCUGAGGCAGUGCGAGAGUCUUCUUAA